AUGGGGUCCGAGUAUACAUCCUUAUCCUCCACACAUCACCAUCCCCUCGACAACCUCAAUCUUCAUCCCCAUCCUCCAAACAUCACCAUCCCCUCGACCACCCCAACUACAUCCUUAUCCUCCACACAUCACCAUCCCCUCGACCACCCCAUCUACAUCCUUAUCAUCCACACAUCCCCAUCCCCUCGACCACCCCAAUCUUCAUCCCAAACUUCCACAUUUCACCAUCCCCAUGACCACCCCAAUCUUCAUCCCCAUCCUCCGGAAAUAACCAUCCCCUCACAUCUCCAUCCCCGUCCUUCCAUACACAACCACCCCCUCGACCACCCCAUUCUACAUCCCCAUCCUCCACAAAUAACCAUCCCCUCACACACUCUCACCUCCAUCCCCAUCCUUCCAUACACACCCAUCCCCUCGACCACCCUAAUCUUCAUCCCCAUCAUCCACACAUCCCCAUCCCCACGACCACCUCAAUCUUCAUCCCCAUCCACACAUCAUUAUCCCUUCGACCACCACAUCUACAUCCUUAUCAUCCACACAUUACCAUCCCCUCGACCAUCUCAAUCUUCAUCCCCGCCGUCCACACAUCACUAUCUCUACGACCACCCGCAUCCAUGUCCCCGCCCUUCCAUACACAUCAAUCCCCUCGACCACCCCAUGCCAUCAACAUCCCCAUCCUACAUACAUCACCAUCCCCUCGACCACCCCAUGUACAUCCCCGUCCUUCCAUACGCACCAAUCCCCUCGACCACCCCAUCAACUUCACCAUCCUCCACAAAUCACCAUCCCUACGCUUACCCCCAUCUACAUCCCGUCCUUCCAUACAUCACCAUCCCCUCGACCACCCCUAUCUACGUCCCCAUCCUCCACACAUCACCAUCCCCUCGACCACACCCCUACUCCAGCUCCGUCCUUCCAUACACACCAUCCCCUCGACCACCCCUAUUUACAUCCCCAUCCUCGACACAUCACCAUCCCCACGCCUACCCCCAUCUACAUCCCAUCCUCCACACAUCACCAUCCCCUCGACCACACCCCAUCCCCAGCCCCGUCCUUCCAUACAUCACCAUCCCCUCGACCACCCCUAUCUUCAUCCCCGUCCUCAACACAUCACUAUCCCCUCGACCACCACCAUCUACAUCCCCAUCCUCCACACAUCCCCAUCCCCACGACCACCCCCAUCUACACCCCCGUCCUCAACACAUCACCAUUCCUACGACCUACCCGAUCUACAUCCCUGUCCUUCCAUACAUCCCCAUCCCCUCGACCACCCCAUCUACAUCCCCAUCCUCCACAUAUCACCAUCCCUAUGACCACCCCAUCUACAUCCUCAUCCUUCCAUACACACUCAUCCCCUCGACCACCCCAUCUACUUCCCUGUGCUCCACACAUCACCAUCCCCUCGACCAACCCCAUCUUCAUUUCCGUCCUCAACACAUCACUAUUCCCCGACCACCCCAUCUACAUCCCCAUCCUCCACACAUCCCCAUCGACACGACCAUCCCCAUCUUCAUCCUUUAG